AUGCCCACGUUCCAUUUUAUUUGCCUAAGUAUCAUUUAUGGCUUUCACCAAGGUCCGGUUUUCAAAUCCGAAGUCGAGCUAUUCAACCACCAUUGGAAUGCUGAAGCUCAAGAGAACGCCGGAAAAAAUGAAUUAGAAGAACAAGCUCACCCGGUGAACAAAUCAGAGGUCAAAGAUUCGUCCAAUUGUUCAAGGAAUCGUAAAUCUAAAUCCAAACCACGAUCAGACGUUGUCAAUAAUCUCACAAACGAAAGACACAAGGAACUUCCUUCGGCUGAUCAAGCGUCUAAAAUACAGACUAGUCCAAGGAGGGCCAGUCCAGACAAACCGCCGUCAAUUGGCGAGCUGACUAGAUGGAUAUCGGCAUUGAUUAUGAAUCCCCGAGGAUUGAUUUGUACUUGGUCCCCGCCAGAACAUGUCGUACCAAUCGAACGGAAUUUGAAAAUGAAGAAGUUCAUGAUAAAUCUUAUCUUGAGGACAGUAAUGAUGCAUUUUUGCUUUCAAUGCGUUUGUGCAAUUGGUGUUGAAGUCCUCAUCAACUCGAAAGCGGAUAUGGAUCAUUUUUUAUUCGAAAGACUCGGUUUAACUCCGUUGACGAUUAUCAAAUCAGUCUCGGAUAAAGGGGGCAUGACCAAUCGGAAACCAAAAUACCCACUUGAAAGUUUUUCAUCAUUCUGA